UCAGACACUGCAUCAAAACUUGUCUUUUGUUAUAGAUUACUGCUAAGUGCAAACAAUGUAAUAUUUGAUCUUGAAUGGUGAUAAUUUUAUAAAAAAAUUGAACUUUGUUUAACAUUUAAUUGUUUUUUUAUGAAUUAUCCUUUGUAUGUCAAUCUCAGUAUUUACUUUUAUGUCAUUUUCUGAAUUUCUGCCACAAAUGUGGCAGAAAGGGGUUUCUGACAUGCCAGUUUUAACCGGUUUCUACCAGUGGUUUUAACCACCUCGGCAGAAGCUUGCCGGCCUUGAUUUAUUCCAAUAUUAAUGCAUUACAAAAACAUGUAUUCAACAUUUUUUAAAAACAUUUUAUAUGGUAUUUUCAGGUGGUACCUUGAGAAUAUUUGGAGAAGCUUUAAAUAAAGAUGUGCAUUACAAAACACUUUCUACAAAAGAUACUGCAUCCUAUGUGGUAAAAGAUAUAUUAAAUAAAUAUGGAUACGAUAAAGAUUUUAUGCAUUGUCUUGUACAAACUAUAGUAUCACAUCAUACAAAUGAUGGUCCUGAUCUUCAAAAUGGCGGUAUCAGAGAAUAUAUAUUGGAUGAUGAUGAUUGUCCUCUGAUGAUUCAGCAGCAGCAUAAUCGGAAUAAAGGUGCCUUAUCAUUUAAUGUUCGAAAACGACCUGCUGAUUACCAGUCUAGAAAAAGGAAAAAAAAAAGUCUAAGCCAACUAAAAAUGAUGGCAGGAUGAUACAAUUGAAAAACUACCCUACCUCCUUGAAUUGAAUUCUGGUACUUAUAUCAAAAAAUAAUAUCCUAAUUUAAGGUUUUUUUUUCUAAUGAAAGAAAUUGAUGUAGAUCCUUAUUCCUUAACAUUAUAAUUGUUUUUUGUG